AUGGACUUCACACAGAACCAAACAAACAGUGCCAACGGUACAUCAAAUGAUGAGACCCGACCGCUGAACAUCACCAUAGUCGGCGCUGGCAUUGGUGGUCUAUCCGCCGCCAUUCUUUUGCGCCAACAAGGACACACUGUCACCCUAUUGGAGCAGUCUCGAUUCGCCAAUGAGCUUGGUGCAGCCAUACAUCUUGCACCCAAUGCCAACGGACUACUUCGACGCAUGGGACUCUUUCCAGAAAAAAUCGGCGCCAUCACUUGCAAGAAAUUGAGCCAGUGGUUGCCGACGGGAAAAGAACUGUUCAGCAUACCCGUUGAACGGGAAGCCCACCGCUGGCAGUAUCCCUGGCAGCUUGCACAUCGUGUCAGCUUGCAUUCUGAGCUGAAGAGGUUGGCAACGACAGAGGAUGGCCCUGGAAAACCCGCCAUCCUAAAGACACGGUCGCGAGUCGCGGAUGUCAACACUGCAGAAGGCAGUGUCACACUCGACAACGGCGAAGUCGUAUAUGGCGACGUUGUCGUUGGUGCUGAUGGUGUCCACUCAAAGACAAGGUCAAAAAUACCUGGUGCUGAGAACAUCAAGACUUUUGCUUCUGGAAAGAGUUCUUUCCGCUUUCUCAUCUCAAGAGAGAGUGCUUUGGCCGAUCCAGAGACAAGGAAGUUCGCCGAGCACGAGGGUCACCUUAUCAUGAUGUUCGGUCGUGACCGUCGUAUUGUCGUGUACCCAACAUCAGACAACACCCUGUUGAACUUCAACAACAUACAUCCCACAUCUGAUUCCCAAGUCAUUUCUGAGGCGCCCGGCAGCGCUGACUGGCAGAACAAGGGUAACAUCAACAAGAUGCUCGAGGUGUACAAGGACUUUGAGCCGGCCGUGCUCAAGCUGCUCAGUAUGGCGGAUGAAGAGACAUUGAAGGUGUGGGAGUUGCUGGAUAUGGAGCAACUACCUACGUGGACACAUGAGAAGCUCGUUCUCAUUGGUGACGCAGCUCACCCUUUCACACCUCAUCAAGGACAAGGUGCAGCUCAGGCCAUUGAAGAUGCCGCAUCUCUUGCAGUCAUGCUACAGAGAGGUACAUCCCUUAGUGCCAUCCCCGAUCGUCUGAAACUAUACCAGAAGUGCCGCUUUGAGCGCGCUUCUUACAUACAAGAAAUCUCCCGUAUUGCCGGUAACGACUUGGGCAGCGGCCCCCCGCUGGACUCAUCCCGCUUUACUGCCUAUAACUUUGGCCACGACGAGUGGGACCACUCAAGCCAAAUGCUCAGACAAUGGGAGUGGGAAAACAGGAAAGGUCUGCUCUGGAGGAUGCCGACAUCUUUCGGUCCAAUGCCCGGGCCUCGACAAGACUUCCACGGCCGUCCUCGAGACGGUAGUCAAGCAACAUUCAAGACGACAAGCGUGAAGUUCAAGACCAGCAGAACGCUGCUGCAGAAUCUCUUUCCGACUGAGAAACUCAAGUUCGCAUCUGCAGAUACAGUGGUCUACGCCACUCUCGCAGCGACACAGCUCGGCAAUCUCGAAUGGCUAGGCGGCCGGGGCUACUCGCACUUUGGACUGUACAUCCAUGGCGUGCAAUACACCAAGGAAAACGGGGAGACAGUUACAGGCAGCUAUCUCCCGGUGCUGUUCGAGAACCUGGCAGACCCCAUCCUGAGUGGAAGGGAAGAGCUCGGUUUUCCAAAGUUGUUCGCCGAUCUUGACGUGCAGCAGGACGGCACCACCUGGUCACUGAAUGCCAGCUGGAUGGGCUCGAAAUUCGCCACACUAACACUUUCAGAUCUUUCAGAGCCUCUGGCAGAUGAUGGUGCGGCACCUCCACAAGCGCCCGCGUCAGCCGAAGAGGGUCUGUUCAUCUCCAAACACAUUCCCGCCACAGGAAGCAUCGGCAGCAAAGAGCGAGGCCAAGCUGAUGUAGAGUACACGGCUUUCCUGCCAAAUGACGAGGAGGCGAAGACUGUGGAGAGAAGGGUGCAGAAGACGCUCCAAACGAGAAAUGCACAAAUCAGUUUCGAUUCUCUUGACUGGAAGGCACUGCCCACGCUGCAUCAUGUUAUCGCGAGGUUGCAGGAGGUGCCGGUGUUUGAGGUUGUUGAGGCGAAGAUCGUAGAGGGCACUGGAGUGAGCGAUGUCAGCUCUGCAAGGCGAGCCGAGUAA